UCAAUGGAAAGUUUAAGUUAUCGGGAAGUCAUACCGACCAAUGCUUGUCAGGAGGAAUGGCAUGAAAUCACGCUAAACACGGGUGGUACCCAUAGCACGCUACAGGACAUUAAAGUUGCUGAAAAAGCCGGAGGUUAUUGUUACAAAAAUGUUGCCCUCAAUCACAAUCGUAAUCGUUAUAUUUAUUGGCGUUCCUAUCAGGAUGUCUUGGAGCUAACUGAAAUUAGUUUGGAUUUUAAUUUAUAUCAAAAUAAUCUGCGAUAUAAAUUUACGGAUUCUCCGGUGCUGGCGGUGAGCAUAACGGAAUGCGGCGAACAUGUUAUUUUACUUGUCAGUACGGUGUGUAGUCUGCAUCGUAUAACCUUUCCACAUCCCGAUUCGUUGGCGGAGGGUUCAUGUUCAUCGAGUUCGUAUAGUAAUACAACCGGUGCUACAAAUAUACCCUCGGUGGAAUUUAAUGAAUCGCAAUCGUAUUCGAUAUUCUUUGAUGCCAGUGUUACGGCAGCACGUGAUCCGAGCAGUUUUUAUGUUAUUGACACACCGCUGGGAGGUUCAAAUAAUCAUGUGCCACAUGCCGCUUCAAGUUAUUUAUCGGAAAAUGGCGAAGAGGCCUAUUUCGCCUUGGCAUGUCAAAACCAACUGAUGUUGUAUACCAUGAAUUGUUCAACGGGCCAUACCAUUGGCCAUCAACUAAAGGAGCAUCAUAUAAUGCCUAGACUAUUUUCGAAUCUAAAAGGAGCACUGAUAGGUAAAAGUGAUACAUCCGAUGCCGAUCAUGCCAAUUCAGUUGUGUUCACCUGCAUUAAUAAUCAAAUCUUGUUAUUGGCAUUAUAUCGUAAUGAUCACUUGCGGGUAUGGUCAUGUGUUAAUAUGCAAAGUUUGUGUGUCAUUAAUUGUGUCCGUGAAGGUAGUGAGCAGCGAUUACAGGGACCCCAAAGUAAUGCCUUGCGUAAAAUCAAUGAAAACAGUUUCUGUGCUUUCCUUUCUCAUGCUUCGGGCUCGGAAUUUGUAUGCGUUGAUUUAUUGGCCGACUCGAGUAAUGGUUCGGGUAUUAAUUUACAGCGUCGCCGCAUUAUAGCGGCCCCUCAAUUGGAUUUAACCGAUUUCGAUGUCUGCAAUUCACGUAUAUGGGCAUUGUGGAGCAAUGCUGAGGGUGAAUUUAGCAUAUCGAGUUUUUCUCUGCUGCGUGGUAUGAAUUGGGUAUCGGCUGCAAUGGAACCACCACCAGAUCGUUAUUGUUUGGGCAUGGAACAGGGUAUGGAUCCGCGGGAGGCAUAUUGUUCGUAUAUAUUUCAUCCAGGGAAAUUUGAACGUAGCGUUAUCGCAAAGGCAUUGUUUAUGUUCCGUCGUUCCAAUGUCCGUUUCGAGGGUAAAAAUUGUACCAUGACCUUGCUGAAGGAACACGUCUGCCAAGCCAUCGAAGAUGAAAUCCAAAACGAGGUGAAAGAUUUCGAUGUCUCCGAUGACGACUAUUUGGAAAUAUCCACUCGUUUGUGGGAACGUUUCUAUUCAUGCUGCGAACAGUAUCACAUGAAAGCAUCCCAACCAAGUGGACUGGUCAUACUCGAGCCCCUCGAUGCUGUGUGCGUUGUGAAAAAGAAUGCUUUUUCCCUUUUGCGGCCUUGCGAAACCAUUGAACACCUAAUGUUAGCCGGCGAAGAUGUUGACGUGGAGGCUGUGGUGCCAUCAUAUUUUGCUGACGCCGAGAAAUCCGGACGUGAUAUGGUCAAUUUAGUUGGUAUCUUAUCACAAAUUGAAAAGUGGCUGCCGGAGGAUAUUAAAAUCGAUAUGGAUCGUAAGCUCUAUCAAUUGGAAAUGCCCAAUGUUCUAAUUGAAAAGUUGACAGAGGAUUUGCUGGCUGGCGAUACGGAGAAGGAGCUGUUGCCUCGUAACUUUUUGGUUUACAUACGACAAAAAAUUCAAAAUAUCAAAGAUCUCCGUAUGGCCAUCAGCAUGCUAUUGGAUUGUCUGCGUAUGGAUAAUGGUAAUCCGGAAACAAUGCAAGCUAAUUAUGCCCAACUGGGACAUUCCACCAAAUUUCUAAUGUCCCUGGGAGCAUUGUUUGGCAGUCAAGUGGGUUUGUCUCUACUCUCCGAGACGGUGAGGCAAAAUUCCCUAAUCCGCUUUGCCAUUUGUCGCAAUUUAUUGUUGUUGCAACAAAUACUCAUCAACACUCAUUCAUUGCCCGUCGACAUGUUGGAAUGUUUCCGUUCGCAGUUCAUGUCCGAUAUAUUGAUUUUCCUGCAAUCGUACUAUGUUAUGAUAUGGAUUUCGGAGACCCCGGUUAACAUCAAUGCGGCGGCUGGAUUGGAAUCAUCCAUACAGAGAUUGAAUCUGUUGCAAUUGAUAAAUGGUUCGGGACGCAUCUACAACAAUGGUGGAAAAUGCAAUUCGGCCCCAUUGCUACAGGUAUUCUUAAAUGCCAAAGGUCUGUACACAGCCUUGGCUUUAUUUUCCGAUAGUUUCAAGGUCUUGGAAAAUGUGUCCUGGCAACAAACCCUUAUGCCACUGGCGACCAUUAUCAGCCAAUUAAUAUGGGCAGUGUCGUUUAAUUUUGUGUUCGGCGAAUGGUUGUUCAGCACCUGUCAGCACAUCAUCAUAGCCGAUUAUGUCCGUCUGCUGAAUAGCUGGUGUGAAUGGAAUAUUUGUUCACGACACUUCAUCCUCGCCGUCUCUCUGCUGGACAGUGGAGAAUCCCAAAAAGCCUAUGACCUUUUCUUACAGUCGGCUAAGGGGGUGGUCAGGGAACAAUUUCUAGCCGAGAAAAUGUUGAAAAACACCCCCUACGAACAUUUGGUGGAGAAUCUGGGUGACUUUGAGGGUGAUGAGGCGGCCAAGGUGAAAAUGAUCAAUCAAUGUAUUGCCCAAUACUAUUUGAAAGUGAUCCAGCUGUUUGAACAACAUAACGCCCUGGAUCACAUCAUCAGUAUGGCGCAGGUUGCAAUCGGGCUAUUGGAUAAACACGACCCACAAUUGCCAAUGUUUCAAUCGAUUGUCUUCAAUAAUCAUCUGCAGCUGGAACACUAUGAGGAGGCCUACCACUCGUUAAUAUACAAUGCGGAGCUGUCGAGGCGUAAGGAUUGUCUGCGACAAUUGGUCAUAACGUUGUUUGGCCGUAAACGUUACGAUUUGCUAAUGCACUUCCCCUAUGUCGGUCUACAUGAGGAAUUUGAAAAUAUUGUCGAAUCCAGAGCCCGGUCGCAGUCAAUGGAUCAGAAUGAUAUCUAUGAUUUUCUUUAUGCUUUUCAUGUUAACAAUGGCAAUAUGCGGAAAGCCUCUGCCAUUAUGUAUGAACAAUCAAUGCGCUAUCAAUUGGAAGGUGAUUCAUUGGAAGCGCUCAACAAACGUUUCUCAUCCCUGUUGGUGUGUUUAAAUUGCCUGCAUUUAAUUGAUGAACGUUAUCGUUGGAUUGCCAAACCCAUAAUUGGCGAUGAGUAUGACAUACACAACUCAUCCAAAGAUUCAGCAAUGGAGGACGAGGCGGAUUCUGGAGAUGAACAGACAUCAUCAUCAUCGUUUAAUAAAACACAAGUUGUUGUUCUCGAAAUUAAACAUAUCAAGCGAGAACUUUUACACACUGAAGCUCUCAUUAAUUUGGCCGGACAUCGUAAAGAUAUACAUUCAUUUUUGAAUGCUGGGCCCCAGGAAUUGGCAAUGAUUUUAGCCAGUUGUGGCCUUUACACAUCUGCCAUUAAAUUAGCCAAGGGAUUUGAUAUCAGCUUAUUACCCAUAUUUGACAGCCUAGCAUCAGCUUGUGUCCGCACCGCUGAUGAACCGCCCAGUGAACCAUGGUCAUGGUUGCAAGAAAAUGAUUUGGCCGAUUUACCACAUCGUAACAAAGCCGCCGAUAUGGCAUGGUCAUUGCUGCGCAAACUUGUUGAAGAUCACGAACAGGAUAAUUCAACGCUAAUACGUAAAUCAGUGGUCAACAAACUACUUAAUCUGCAGGCCUUUGUUCCACAAUGGCUUUACAAUGACUAUAAGUUGGCAAAUUGUUCCGAACUGCUAUACCUUUAUGUUAAACAUAAUCGUUUGCUAGAAGCUGCCGAACUUGCACAGGAAAUGCUUUCGGCAAUGUUGGGUGCCGGCAGUGAAUACUUCAGUUUCCAACACUCCAUUGCCGUUACAAAUGCCGAAAUGUGUUUACCGCUAAAUACGUUGGAUAUAUUGCUGCAUGGCCUGAAACUAAAUGCCGAUGAUAUUGAAUAUAAACAGGCUCAAGUGGAAUUGGAAGAGAAGCUGCAUAAAUAUAUUGAAACGGCGACACGCACAGCACAGGAUAAAAUUGAAAUGUCAUUUCAGGUAAACCGGGGACGUCAACAGCAGCAAUUAAAUUGGAAGGCAUAA